UCACAUUUUUGUUUUUGACUGGCAGAAGAGCGCUUUGGUGGAUUAUGCUGAAAAGUGCCACUGUUGCCGUGUGUGAGUGAACCCGUUUGAGACUUUACUUGUGGACGUUGUGAAAUCGCUUCGUUAUUAUUUGAUAAAGAAACAUAACAGGCAAAACCUAACUUCCUUCCUGUUGCUUUACCAACUCCACAAUGCGCAGGUCUGGCCGCAGGUUUUCUCCACCCAAAAUAUCGUUGCAUGAGUGGUAGGUGCUCGUUUCCUGUUUCCUCCUCAAAAAGAAACCUGCCCAGUUUUAUUUCACCUCCUGUAAUUUACUAUAAAGUGCCAUGUUCAGCCAGCCCACAUGUCAAAUGUCACACAAGAAAUGGCAUCACUGAAGACUAUACGAGACUGGUGCCGCGUCACAUGCGCCAGUUACCCCAAUGUGGAAAUAAAAAACAUGUCAACCUCAUUCAGAGAUGGACUUGCGUUUUGUGCCAUCAUCCACAAACACCGACCUGACUUGAUAGAUUUCAGAUCCCUCUCCAAAGAUAAUGUUUAUCAAAAUAACAAACUGGCGUUUGAGAUUGCAGAGAGGGAGCUGGGCAUCCCUGCGUUGCUGGACCCAAAGGACAUGGAUUCUACCAAAGUGCCUGACUGCUUGAGCGUAAUCACCUACCUGUCCCAGUACUACUACUACUUCAACAGAAAGACCUAUGCAGGUCUUGCCAGUUGGAAGUCGUCACAUGUCGCUUUCAUAAACAACUUAACAAAGAUUAAAUCUCCGGAUGGUCUGAAUCCCCUGAGGAGCCCGACUCAUCUGGAAACCAGCAGAGAAGAUCGUCUGUCCAACACGAGGCCACGGACAGUGUGUAGUUUGUGUUUCAAGCCUGUCCACCUUAUUCAGAGACGUCUGAUUGACGGGAAGUUCUACCAUCGCAGCUGUUUCAGGUGCAAAGCGUGCGGCAGCGCUCUUUUACCAGGGUCUUACACACAGGGAAGUGACAGGAGCUCCUUGAUCUGCACUCACCACAAAACAGACAGUGAAACUCAUCGUGUCGACCUCACACAGCAAGUUAGAUCUGCCGAGAAUCGGCCCGAUUGUAAUUUUCAGGCAGAUUUUUAUACUCUGAGUGGAUUGGCUGUCACCAGCGUCCCUCAUUACACUAAGAAAACAGAGUCACAGGAUAGACUGGUUUGUAAAACAAUAGAGACAGAGAGGGAAGAAAAGCAGGAGACGAGCAAAGAGGUGAAAGACGGGGAGAACAGAGACUCAGCUGUUGGAUUGAAGGUUAAAAAGCCGCUGCGUGCUCAUCUUCCUCCACCGAGGGUUGAAGAGGUCAAAGGAGGUGGAAAAUCUGGAUCUGAACCCACUGUGACAGAAAGCAACAAACAACAAGAAGCGACAAAAUGUCAAGAGACCUCUGAGCUCCCCUCACCGUGUAAAGUGACAGAGGGAAACAGUCGGCCGGUCCCAGCACCCAGGCGAAAUUUUAACUCUUCUGCAGCACCUGUUCCUGCACCCAGGAACAAAACAACCCAGCCCAUGAACAGAUCAGCUGCUGCAGGUUAUUCGUCCAACCGAAAUAAAUGUUCACCCAACUCAUCUCGCAUCACCAGCCCGACUAGAGGCAGCAGUAGAGUGCAAAGCAACCAUCCAUGGAUGACCCUCAUCCACCCCGGACCCUGGACACAGCUGCCUCCUGCUCCGCCUCCAGUUCCCUUUCCUCGAACCAAAUCCAUCUCUAAACAGCGGGAGGCGUGGAACAGACCCAGAGUGGCUCCAAAUCCGUUUGCAGAGGAGGUGGAUGAGAGCAUUGAGGAGGACACUAAACCGAAACCAGAGCCUGCAGGGAAUGGGGACACAGAUAUUACAGUUUGUUCAAUUGAUGCUGAAAAUAUUGCCGUUAUAUCUAUAUCUGAGGAGAAUGUUGGAGCUUCAAGUGAACCAGCAGAAGAUACCAGCAGUGUAUCAGCUUUGGAAGAAACUGGAAGUUCACUCCCAGAUGUGACUGAUGCAGCAGCAGCAGCAGCAGCAGCAGCAGCAGCAGGGCUGCACGCUAUCUCUAUUGAAUCUCAGAGCCGCAUUUUACCCAGGAGUGUUUCUGUGCCGGCUAUCACAUCUGCAAAUGAAUCAGAUCAGGUCAUGUCAUCUCAAAGUAAGCUCGCCUGCAAAGAGAAUCCCUUCGAUCGAAAACCAAGGAUGCUCAAAUCAAAGAGCGUUCAGGCCCUGCCAUCCACACGGGCCCCUGCCCCUGGACAUGGCUUCCCACUCAUCAAGAGGAAGGUGCAGUCAGACCAGAAUGUGUCCACAGAAGACCUGCAGGUGGAGAUUAGAGAGCUGGAUAAACGUCUGGAGGCACUGGAACAAAGGGGAGUCGAACUGGAGGGCAAACUGAGAGACGACAAGAAUGAUGAAGAGGAGGAACAAAUGCUAAUGGAGUGGUUCUCUCUGAUCCAUGAGAGACACAUCCUGGUGGGCAGAGAAACUGAGCUGGUUUACCUGACAAAGCAGCAGAAGUUAGAAGAGAGGCAGGCAGAUGUGGAGUUCGAGCUCAGAUGUCUCCUCAAUAAACCAGAGAAUGACUGGACUGAGGAGGAUCGAGCUCGAGAGCAGCAGAUGAUGAGUGAGCUGGUCGACAUCAUCGAACAGAGGAACCAGAUCGUCGGCAGCUUGGAUCAGGACAGGCAGAGGGAAAGAGAAGAAGAUAAGCUUUUGGAAGCCAUGAUGAAAAACAAAGAGUUCCAGAAAGAAGGACUUAAAGAUUUAAAGAAGUCAAAAGGAAAGUUCAGAGCCACAAAAAUGUUCAAGCUGCUGAACCAAAAAGCAGAAAGCACCAAAGACUCCCUGGACAAGAAGAACUGAUGUAUGAUUGUGACCCCAGAAACUCUCAGCAACAUUAAACUCAAACUUAGAGCUGACUAAGAUAAGUGUUAUCGAGAAGUAUACUGUGAUCAUCAUAUAUUUAUUAAUUUUAUGUUGAAGAACAGCCUAGACAAAAUGAAAUAUCAUUCUCU